AUGGUUCACUCUCUUUCACUCCCCAUCCACUCCUUCUGGGGCAAGAUCGUCACCGUCGCCGGUGUUGCUUCAGUCGCUGUUGCUGCUCCCGUCACCGGCUCUGUCGACGGCAAGACCUAUGAUUACAUCAUCGUCGGCGGCGGUCUCAGUGGCCUGGUGGUUGCCAACCGUCUGAGCGAGAAGUCGUCUGCCUCCGUCCUUGUCAUCGAGUAUGGCCCUGUCGACAGGAGCAACAAGACAACGGUGCCUUACCUUGGUACCUCGACCAACGCCGCCGGCAUGUUCAACAUCACCUCGGCCCCGGAGCCGUUCCUUGGCAACUCGACCUUUGCCGUCAUGGCCGGCUCCAUUGCCGGAGGCGGGUCGUCGGUCAACGGCAUGGUCUGCGGAAGAGCCUCUGCGGCUGAUUACGAUUCUUGGGAGCAGCUCGGAAACGAGGGCUGGGGCUGGGACGGCCUUCUCCCGUACUUCAAGAAGGGAACAACCCUCGGCGCUCCGUCUGCUGACGAGGCCAAGGAGCUCGGAUACACGUGGGACCCCUCUUACUACGGCAAGGGUCCCCUGCAGGUUGGCUACCCCGACUUCCAGUACCCCGACAUGUACACCUUCUUCAGCGGCUUCGAAGAGCUCGGCGUGACGUUCCAGAAGGAACAGGGCGCCGGCAACAACACCGGCCUGGUCUGGUCUCCGAGCGCGCUCGACACGAAGACCAUGACUCGGUCCUCGUCCCUGACGGCCUACUACGACACGGCGUCCAGCCGCAAGAACCUCAACCUGCUCUCCGAGCACCAGGUCACUCAGGUCAUCCUCUCCUCGGACCUGACGGCCGAGGGCGUCAAGGUCACCAACCGUGCCGACGGUAGCGUCUCGACCAUCUACGCGAAGAAGGAGGUCAUCCUCGCGGCGGGUGCCAUCCACACGCCGCAGCUGCUCCAGCUGAGCGGCAUCGGGCCCAAGGCGGUGCUCAAGGCCGCCGGCGUCAAGGUGAAGCUCGACCUCGCGGCCGUCGGCAGCAACUUCCAGGACCACCCCGUCGCCUACUCGAUGUGGAGCCUGAACCAGACCUUCCCCAACGCGGGCUCCCUGGCCAGCAACGCGACCUACAACGAGGAGUCGCUGCAAGCCUACCUCGUCAACAAGUCGGGCCCGUACACGCGCGCCCAGGGCAACAGCGUCGCCUUCCUGCCGCUGCACACCGUCACCGACGCCGGCUCGACGCUCGUCGCGGACCUCAAGGCCCAGGUCCCGACCGAGCACCUCCCCUCCAUCUACACCGACUCAGCACUCCAAAAGGGCUUCAAGGCGCAGCGCGACAUCCUGGCGGCGCAGCUGCUCGCCGGCAGCGUCGCGGCCAUCGAGUUCCCCUUCUCGGGCGCGGGCUUCGUGCCCAACGCGGUGCAGAAGCCGCUCAGCCGCGGCACCGUCUACCUCAACGCCUCGGACCCGACCGGCGAGCCCGUCGUGUCGCACCAGGCCUUCGCCAACCCCUUCGACCGCGCCCAGGUCUUCGCCGGCUUCCAGUUCACCCGCAAGUUCUUCGCCAGCGACGCCGUGUCGUCCGCCAUGACGCCGGCCGAGGCGGCGCCCGGCGCCGCCGUCGACACCGAGGACGCCUUCUUCGCCGCCAUGACCGCCGCCGGCUUGAUGAGCCCGACCUUCGCCCACGCCAGCGGCUCGUGCCCGAUGAUGCCGCGCAAGUCGGGCGGCUGCGUCGGCGCCGACCUGCUCGUGUACGGCGCGAAGAAGCUGAGCGUCGUCGAUGCGUCCAUCAUGCCCAUCAUCCCGUCCAACCAUCUGCAGGCCUCGGUCUACGCCGUGGCUGAGAAGGCGGCCGAUCUCAUCAAGGCGAGGGCGUAA